AGCCAUUGUUUUGUUUUUGUUUUGCUCAGCUGACACAAAUCUCAUCGAUUUUAAUAAUAUUGCAAUUUGCUAUAAAAUGAACAUAUUCAAGCAUCAAUGUAUGUGCGGUAUAGAAUUCAAACAGAGGAAAAAUUUAUACGCACAUAUGCGUAAACUACAUAAUAUAGAACCCUUUCAACAACAAAUUAAAGUAGAAAAUUAUAUAUGUGAUUUUUGUGGUAGAAAAUUUGCUUGCCAGUCCAGUAUAAUCAGGCAUUUAAGGAGAAAUCACAGUGAUUCUAAUAAUAAACUAAUAGGAGUUAAUAAGAAAACAAGUCUGAGAUGCCCUUAUGGAAAAUGCUCUUUGAAUUUUCGAACCUACGAAGUUUUGCGUGAACAUUUGGCUAAAAAACACAAUUUCCAAAUUGAAUUUGAAGAAUUGAGCUUUAGUUCUAUUGAAGAUUUCGACCAAUGGAAAGACAGAAUGCAACUCCAAACUGCCUCCCUAUACACACAGAGCACGGCAGGCAGGAAUUUGAGGAUAGAGCUGGGGCGUAGACUGUACUACAAUUGCCACCGAUCUAAUGUCUAUAAACAAAGGGGCAACAACAUUCGAGCUAUUAAGUCACUAGGGAGUAAUAAAAUAGGUAAAGCGUGUCCGUCUAGACUAGAGGUGACAUACACACUGUACGCAGAACAGAUGAUAGUCAAGGUAAAGUUCUGGAAGACCCACUGCGGGCACACCAACCAGGUUGAGAGGCUGCCUUUGAAUAGGCAAAUGAAAUGCUCAAUUGCAGAGAAACUGAGAAAUGGUUUCUCCUUCAAACAAAUAUUUCAAUGGGUCCGUGAUAACCGACAUGAAGAUGACGUCCCUGAACGACUACAACUUUUAAGAGAAAAAGACCUUUACAAUAUUAUUAGAGAAUUCAAUAUUGAGCCUGUUAAGAAAAAACGAACUACAAAUAAUUACAACUACAAAGUUAGUGAAAAUAAUAUUUCUGUGGCAAAUACUAGUAAAAGUAAUAUAUCUAUGAUAAAUAAUCCUAAAAAUAUACCCAAAGUAAUUGACGGUGAUAAUAAUAUACCUUCAACAAGUGUUAGUGACAGUAAUUUUUCUUCUAUAAUUGACAGUAAAAAUAAUAUAUCUACGACCAAUGCUAGUAAAAAUAAUAUUUCGUGUGCUAAAAGGAACAGUAAAAAUGAUGUUACUUCGACAAAGGCUAGUAAAAGUAAUAUACCCACAGCAAAGCAUAGUAAAAAUUACUUUAAUAACAGUAAAAUUAAAUUUCCUCCAACUAGUGACAGUAAAAGUAAUACACCCACAACAAAUGAAAGUAAGAAUGAUAUUUCUUGUGCUAAAAGUAACAGUGAAAAUAAUAUAUCUCUAACAAAGGCUAGUCAAAGUAAUAUAUCCACAAUGAGUAACAGUAAAAAUGACAUAAUAUCCACAAAAACUAAUAGUGAAAGCAAUGUAAUCAUUAUAAGUAAUAAACUAGUACGGAAGGUAGAUUCGUUUCCAGCCAAAACACUAGAUAUAUAAUAUAAUCAAGGAUUUUUCUAAAAUUUUUUUUGGGGCUUUGGAAGUAGUUUCUAUAGCUGCAAAGUGUCGCUACUAGAUGGCAUUAACAGUCGCUAGAACUUACAUACAUAUAUAUCACUCACUGGCAGUAAGCGAACCGUGGCUUAGGGCCGGCGCACAUAUAUGGCGGAGCGCAGCGCAGAGCAUUUUUCACA